ACAGGACCAGACCAUCUUCAGAAUUGAGGAAGUAUUUCCGGAGGCGCCCUCAAAUCUUAUAUGAGCAUUUAUCUGCUUGGAUUUUGGAACAACCGUGCGUGCACUGUUGCACUUUCGUUUAUUUUACAAAAGAAACGACUGCGCAAAUAUAGGAAAAAUUAAAUUGCACGGCUUUUUAUUGUCGCAGUCGUCCCCUCAUUCCCAGUGGUAGUUUGUUCCCGCUGCCAUGUUGUACAGAUCUGCCGACGUUGGUGCUGGAGUUCCGUUGAAAGUUUAGAUUUUGGAGACUCGGGGAGAUCCGAGUUCUCAAAAUAUCUUCAAAGCCCGAGGGACAAUUUAGGUUACAGUUCCGAACGACAGAAAUACAAAAAUACUGAACCUUCAACAGCCUUUGUCAAAAACGACCUGCACCCUUGAGAGGGGCCGGCUGCAGGCCACGGUGAUCAAUGACUGAAUCAGCUUUAUUCAAAAUACCUUAGCAAGACAGCUGUAUCUUUUUGAUUUCUGUUUUUUUUUUUUUUUUUUUUUUGUUUAACAAAAAACCAUGAGUGGUGGUCCGCCGCGGCGGCGCGUCGCAAAUGUCGGCUCUGUUCUUCUAAACCCUCAAGAGAACGAAUGCCUCUACAAUCACCUGGGAAGGAAUUGCAUCGCCCUGUCUUCCGCCGUACUCCAGGUUUUCGUGGCCGAAGGGAACUCCUCAUGGGCCAGGAAGUGCUGUGGGGUGGCCUGCCUGGUCAAGGACAAUCCCCAGAGGUCUUACUUCAUCCGGGUCUUCGACAUCAAGGAAGGGAAAAAAUUGUUCGAACAGGAGCUCUACACCAACUUCUCAAUGAACCAUUCAAGGCCGUUCUUCCUCACGUUUGCAGGAGAUUCCAGUCAGAUUGGCCUGAACUUUGCCAGUGAGGAAGAGGCCAAGCGGUUCUGGGUGGCGAUUGAUGAAAUCAGGAACAGAAAACAGAGGAAGACGGAAAAAAGGCGAGACCCUCCAAAUGGAGUAGCUCUACCCAUGGCCACAGUGGACAUCAAGAACCCCGAGAUCAGCAACAUGCGUUUCCAUAACAACAACUCUCAGGUCAACAACGUGGUACACAGCAGCUUCACUAAGGACAAGAAGAAGUCUAAGGCGGGGAAGAAGAGGCUGACCAAGGCCGACAUCGGCACACCCAGCAACUUCCAGCACAUUGGGCACGUAGGCUGGGAUCCAAACACGGGCUUUGAUCUGAACAACCUUGAUCCCGAGCUGAUGAACCUGUUUGAUAGGUGCGGGAUCUCAGAGGCUGAGCUCAAGGACAAGGAGACCUCCAAGGUCAUCUAUGACUUCAUCGAGCAGAAGGGCGGAUUGGAGGCUGUCAAGAACGAGUUUCGGAGACAAGCUCCACCGCCUCCGCCUCCGCCUUCCAGGGGCGGACCUCCUCCCCCUCCCCCCCACUACUCAGGGCCUUCUCGCCCUCCUCCCCCCUCCAGAGGAAGAGGGGCCCCCCCACCUCCUCCGCCCUCUCGAGCCCCCACGUCAGCUCCCCCACCCCCUCCCCCUCCCCCCUCCAGACCGCACGGGGGAGGCCACCCUCCGCCCCCACCUCCGAACAGAGGCCACCUGCCCCCCCCACCUCCCCCCUCGCAUGCCUCCAUGACUCCGCAUGCGGUGGCUCCUCCUCCACCUCCACCCUUCUCCUCUCCAGCCAGCUCAGGCUCCGGGGCUCCGCCUCCCCCGCCCCCGCCCCCCCCUCCGCCCGGCCCCCCGCCCCCCGCGCCCCCUCCGCUCCCCGAUGUGGACGGGGGUGAUUCGCUCCCGGCACCCAUGGGACAAGCGGCACUCUUGGCACAGAUUCGGGGGGGCACCAACCUGAAGAAGAUGGAGCCUAACAGCAAGCCGGCAUCCGGGACGGGGCGGGGCGCACUCUUGGACCAAAUCAGACAGGGCACCAAGCUGAAGAACGUGGCGGACACUUCAGAGAAUUCCCCCCCAGCCACGCCGGCACCGUCCGCUGGCAUCGUGGGGGCGCUGAUGGAGGUGAUGCAGAAGAGGAGCAAAGCCAUUCACUCUUCAGAUGAAGAUGACGAUGAUGAUGAUGAUGACGACUUUGAAGAUGAGGACGAAUGGGAAGACUAGUGACCCCCACAACCUCCCCCCCCCAAAAAAAGAAACUUUAAUCUUCUGCAAUUUUCAUGUAAAUGUUCCAUCAAUUUGCUGUAUAUUUUUGUUGGCUUUUUUUUUUUUUUUUCGCUUUUUAUUAUUAAUCUGUGCAAUACCUCAUUUAUUCUGUAAAGGUUUUCUGUAAAUUUCUCCAGGAUUAAUGUGCAAUUUUCCACCAUGGACAGGUUUUUUUUUUUUUUUUUUUUUUUUUUUCCUCCAUUUGAUCAUUUUGUUCAUCUGUCAGUAGAGGGAGGGAGAUGGAAUAACUGACACAAUUCUUAAUGUUGUAAUUGUUAAUGCCAGAUAACACUAUUUUCAUACCUUAAAAUUUUCUUAUUGAAAAUCCUAGUUUAGCACUGUUAUUUUUCUUAAGAAUGUGCUAAUUAAAAUAUUUAGCCCCAUCAUUUCCAAUGUAUAAUUAACACAGAAGUUGAAGCUGUUAUAUUUUUGCACAGAAAAAUCACGGCAGUAAGCAAGUGCUAGGCUGCGUUUAAAAAUACAUCAUUUAUAAGCCGAGACCACAAAAGCAAACAUUCGUAAAGACACGUACUCGUGAAAUUUCUAAAGUUCAUCCACAUUCUUUAAAGGUCUCUUGGGAUAUAUAUGUCUUAUUUUAUUGUUUUUUAUGUCACCUUGUGUAUCAAUUAUUUUUCAGAAACCUUUUAUUUCCAUUUUUAUUGCAUCAGAAGAAAGAGGUUUUGUUUGGAAAUCAGGUCAGUGUUCAUGUAAAUCAAACUAACUCAUCUUAAGACUAAACUUUUGUCACAUAAUAUUGAAUCAAUAUAACUAAAGGCUGCAGUACAAUAACAGUGAAUUAACACUUCUUUGCGGUAAUGAGGGGUUGAAGCUUGAUUCCGAUAGCUACAGGCCAGGUAAUAAGGGCUGUGAAUCACUAUUGAAUCUUUCUGUAGAAAAGUAUGCUGUUUUUAACAGUGUUGUAUGUCAGAAUGCUACUGUCUUUGUUUCCUCCUGGGGUAUGUGGUGCAUCAAGAAAACGAUAACAUGGCCGUCAAACCUUCCAGUAAGAUUUGAUGAAGAAUGGAACACUAAAUUGUAUACUUAAAUAAAUGUUAAUAUUUACAGACUUU